AUGCCUCCAAAAAGGAAAGCCACAUCAAGUGUGAGAGGCUCUACCAAAUCGAACAAAGACUCUGCUGUCUCUACACCAGGACCUGCAACCCCUCGUAGUAAUAUGAGCAGUGGUGAUAGUGAUGAUGACUAUCAAGAUGGUACCGUAGACGAACUUGAACGUCAAGGUCUAGAAGCUACAGAGGAAGAGAAAGCCAGUAUUGCAAAGACUAUAAAUAAAUUCUCAGCAGAGAGUUACCGGCCAAGAUCGGAUUCCAAAUUAAUUAGGGACUCUGCUAGUCACCACUUUGGCAAUAACGAUUUUUCAUACCUAUCACUAAAGCCUGAUCACGCAAAUCGUCCUUUAUGGAUAGAUCCUGAAAAGGCGCGCAUUAUCCUAGAAAGUUUCUCUCCACUAGCAGCGCAUGCUCAAGAUUUCCUGACUACAAUAGCAGAGCCAAAGUCGAGACCCAGCUUUCUACACGAAUAUGCUUUAACACCUCAUAGUUUAUAUGCCGCUGUAUCAGUUGGCUUGGAUCCAAAGGAUAUCGUUAAUGUUCUUGACCGCCUUUCAAAGAUACCUAUACCUGAGAAUGUUAAAAAGUUCAUCAUCAAUUGUUCUCAGAGUUAUGGCAAAGUCAAGCUGGUCCUUAAGAAUACAAAACAUUAUGUCGAAACUUCAGAUCCUGACUUGCUACAACGUCUUCUUUCGGAUCCUAUAAUUGGUCCGCUCAGGGUUCAAGGGUCCACAACUACAACUAUAGCACCUAGUAUGGGUGCCUUGGUUAUCCCAGGAACGAAGAAUGCAGCUGGAGUUCAACAAACUGGAGAUAGACGCCAGAGUGUAACAGAUAGACAGCAAGCAGGACAAGAACCUACGCAGGAUGAUAUUUAUGCAAAGCUUAAUGAAGAGGACGAUGAUGAUGACGAAGAAGAGGCAGUUCAUUCGUUUGAGAUUGCUGAUAACUGCGUAGAAGCGGUACAAAAACGAUGCCUGGACCUCGCACUGCCUGUACUCGAAGAAUACGAUUUUCGCAAUGAUGAAGUCAAUCCCAAUCUCGAGAUUGAUUUGAGGCCUAGUGCCCAAAUUCGACAUUACCAGGAGAAAAGCUUGAGUAAAAUGUUUGGUAACGGUCGGGCUAAGAGUGGUAUUAUUGUCUUGCCUUGUGGAGCUGGAAAAACCUUAGUUGGAAUCACCGCGGCUUGCACGAUCAAGAAGGGUGUCAUUGUCCUCUGCACAAGUUCUAUGUCAGUUGUUCAAUGGCGACAGGAAUUUUUGAAAUGGUCCAACAUCAAUCCAGCUGAUAUUGCGGUAUUUACUUCGGACCACAAAGAGAAAUUCACAAGGAGUACCGGUAUCAUUGUCACAACUUAUUCUAUGGUCACGCAGACACGUGCGCGAGCUUUUGAUGCCCAAAAGAUGAUGGAUUUCUUGACGAGUAGAGAAUGGGGACUGAUGCUUCUAGAUGAGGUCCACGUUGUCCCUGCUCAAAUUUUCAGAAAAGUCACAUCAUCAAUCAAAACUCAUUCGAAAUUAGGUUUGACGGCCACUUUACUUCGUGAGGAUGAUAAAAUUGAAGACUUGAACUUCUUGAUCGGUCCCAAAUUGUAUGAAGCCAACUGGAUGGAACUCGCAGCUCAAGGUCACAUUGCUAGAGUUCAAUGUGCUGAAGUCUGGUGCCCAAUGACUACUGAAUUUCACUCGGAGUAUUUGAAAGCACCUAGUCGCAAGCAGGGUUUGAUAUCUACAAUGAAUCCCCGGAAGUUCCAGGCGUGUCAGUUUUUGAUAGACUAUCAUGAGAAGCGUGGCGAUAAGAUUAUUGUGUUUUCUGACAACGUUUACGCCUUGCACGUCUACGCUCAAAAGUUAGGGAAAGUUUUCAUUUAUGGUGGUACGGUUCAGACCGAACGUCUUCGAAUUCUGGAGAAUUUCCAACACAAUCCCAAUAUUAAUACACUCUUUCUGUCGAAGAUUGGUGACACUUCUCUCGAUUUACCUGAAGCAACAUGUCUCAUCCAAAUUUCGUCUCAUUUUGGUUCCCGUCGACAGGAAGCACAAAGAUUGGGCAGAAUUCUGAGAGCAAAGCGCAGAAACGACGAAGGUUUCAAUGCAUUCUUCUAUUCUUUAGUUUCGAAAGAUACUAAAGAGAUGUAUUAUUCUUCAAAACGACAAGCAUUCCUUGUCGACCAAGGAUAUGCGUUCAAAGCCAUUACUCAUCUCCAGGGUAUUGAAGAUCUCCCUGGUCUCGCAUUCAACACUCCUCAGGACCGAAGAGAGCUUUUACAAAACGUGAUGCUUCACAACAUGGACGAGGAGAAGUUCCAGGAGGAUCUCAGAGAUGAUCUAUUCCAUCGAAACGACGGCAAACCUAGACCGAAGAAGAAGUCGAAUGUUAGAAGAACUGCAGGCAAACUCGCAGAUUUGGCUGGUGGGCAGGAUAUGGCAUAUGUUGAGCAAAAUAGGAGCAGAAACAAGGAUCUGAAGAAGAACAAAGGAGAGAGUUCUGCCUUCUUCAAGAAAAUGGAGAGAGAGCGACAAAAGAGAAAACUUGCAGAUUAG